UCCUUUUAACUCCGUACAAAAGUUGUCCUGCUCUGAGCGCCUUCAUACCCACAGUGAUCAUGAGUCCUCCGGCCAAGCGUAAGAGCUGCCUGGCGCCCGGCUUGCUGCAGAAUCUAGUGGCCAUCGUCACCGGCGGGGGCACGGGCAUCGGAAAGGCCAUCGCGGGCGAGUUGCUGCAGCUGGGCUGUUAUGUGGUCAUUGCAUCCCGCAAGUUUGAUGUAUUAAAAUCUACUGCGAAUGAACUGAAGGCCAGGCUGCCUGCCACCCACCAGUCUCAAAUCACCCCUAUAAAAUGCAACAUCCGAAACGUAGAGGAGGUAAAUGAUUUGGUCAAAUCCACCUUGGAUAUUUAUGGGAGGAUUGAUUUUUUGGUGAACAAUGGAGGAGGCCAGUUCCUGGCUCCUGCGGAGGACAUCAGCUCGAAGGGGUGGCACUCCGUGGUCGACACCAACCUGUCGGGCACCUUCAACAUGUGCAAAGCAGCUUACAACUCUUGGAUGAAAGAACAUGGAGGAUCUAUUGUCAACAUCACCAUGCUUAGUAAAAAUGGAUUUCCAGGAGCUGCGCAUAGUGGAGCUGCCAGAGAAGGUGUUUGCUGCCUCACCAAAACCUUAGCUUUGGAAUGGGCCAGGAGUGGAGUAAGGCUCAACUGUGUUGCCCCGGGAAUCAUUUAUUCCCAGAGUGCUUUUGGCAACUAUAGUCACUUGACACCAGAAGUAAUUGGAGGGUUCAUUCGGGCAAUCCCAGCUAAAAGAUUUGGAGUUCCUGAAGAGGUCUCCUCCGUGGUGUGCUUCCUGCUCUCUCCAGCAGCUUCCUUUGUCACUGGGCAGGUCGUGGCUGUGGAUGGGGCCCAGUCUUUGUGUAAUAUAAUGUAUGAUGUACCAGAUCAUGACAACUGGCCAGACGGAACAGGGGACCUUUCUGCUGUCAAAAAGAUGAAAGCGUCUUCAAAGGUUAAGGCCAGUCUCUAAGGAAAGAAGGAUACGUCUUCUGUCCCCAAAUGCCUUACCAUCCAUACUUCAUAGGAGUAAAUGCACUUCUAUACUUUAUAGGAGUUUGUAAUUUGUGGGGGGAGAUCGCUUGGUGCCUUUUUCAGAUUGUCGACUUUGUCUAUGCAAAAAUGAUUCCCGAUAUAAAUGCAUUUUUUAAGUCUCAAUCAAUACCUUUUAGCCAGUGAUUUAAAACAUUUUUAAGAAUGGAAAUUAACAUACUUUAUGAUUAUAUUUUUUGUUUCUGGAAGGGUGUUUGAAAGAUGAAAUAACUUCUCCCAAGACGUUUAACUGUAGAGGUAGACAACAAAUCUGAAUUGUGGCAUCAUUACAAUUCUGAUAACCAGAGUCAUACAGUGAUAUAUUUUACCUUGCAAAUAUUUUGGAUCAAUAAAGCUUUAUGGCAAUUAUC